GAAAUUUACCUCAAGCAUACGCUGUCAGCUGUUGUGCAGUGUUGACUAACGGAACAAUCCAAAGUGAAAAGUCACAUAGUUAAGUAAAAUAAGUACAAAAUAAAAUUGUUGUUUCUAGCGACACUAUGUCCUUUAGAUAAUACAUCAAACAAGACUGCUCCGCUAUUGGAGUCACAUUUGUGUAUGUUUGUGAUUGUGAAUGAAUAUUGUGUCUGUACAUUUUAUGCAAUUCGCUUAAAAUCAGUCGAAGUGUGAGGUUGCCUGCGUGCCAUUUUCAUAGCCCAAGCCCCGAACACUUACAACCAAGCAAGAUUAGUGCACUAGCCUCAGCGCGAUGACGUCCACUAGCAAUCUGGUAGAUGUUGUUCGCCACUACCAACGGAGCAUUGAACGCCAUGCCGAGGAUGAAACACGCCUGUUGCACUGCAUCACAAAGCUGUUUAACCUGCCCAUCACAUUCGAGCAUCUACAGGAAACGGGCAUUGGCAAAACGGUCAAUGCGCUGCGGAAGAUUAACGGAGAGGUCGGCGUUGCUGCGAAAACACUAGUCACAAAAUGGAAGGCUAUGGUUGCUGCUGAAGAGGAGCCCGCUGUACAUACACACAGCAAUGAAGAGGAGUCGAACAGAUCGAAUGGCCAACGAUCCAGCGAAGAGGAUCAAGAUCAGGAGAACAAAGGCAGCAACUCCUCGGGUGGUGAAGAAGCCCGACAUAGGCACAAGUCCAAACGCGAGGAACGUUCCAGGCAUAGUGAGCAUAAGAACAAAUCAAGUAGCAGUAGCCACAGUAAAAGUCACUCAAAAAGCCGAUCGGACAGCGACAAGAAACACAAAAGCAGCAGCCACGACAAGUCCAAGCCGAAGGACAGCAGCAGCGACAGACACCAGAAAGAGCCGAAAAUCAGUAGCAGCAACGGCGGCGAGCAUCGCAAAUCCAAGGAAUCACUGACGAAGUCCAGCAACAACCACCAUAAGAGCAGCACCGAGAGUAAUCAUCAUAGCAGUGGCAGCCACAACAACGUCAGCAGCGGCAGCAGUAGCAGUAAGCAUCACCGACAUCAAAGCAGCCACAAAAGCGAGCACAGCAAAUCCAAAAAUGAUAAAAGCAAUGAGAGCAAGUCGCAAAGCAGUGAGCAAAAAGUUUCCAAAGAGAAAUCGGAAAAGCACAAAUCUUCCUCAACGUCAACCAAGUCAUCUAAACGAUCUCGCAGUCCACCGCGGACACAAGAAGAUGAUGCACCCAAAGCUAAAAUAUCUAAAACAAAGCCGAUGGCGGAUGCAGCUGAGCCCAAGGAAACCGCUAAUGAGUUUGACUCUAGCAUGGGCGCCAACUUUGACGACGUACUUGGUAUGCUCAAUAUGCCAAUGAGUGGCAAGAAGGUGGCUGGAAAGGUCAAAUCUCCCCAAAAACCAAAAACCUCAUCGACAGCAACUUCGUCUACUUCAAUUAAAAAACCAACAACGGCAACAACAACAUCAACAGCAACAGCAACAACUUCCACCAACAACAGGAUGUCUAGUACAAAGAAACCUGAGCUGUUGGCACCCACGGCAAAGCUGGAGCCUCUCGAUCCCAGUAUAGCGUUGGAAUUGCCUACAAUAUCUAAUAAUUAUAAACCCAUGCCACUGAAUCAAACCGUCAUGGAUUGUGUCUUCAAUCAAGGUCUGGGAAGCUCCGCCCCCAGGCAACCUCGCAAUUUCAAUGAGUCUGAAGCGCUAGCAGCUGGAAUAUCAUCCAAGACAAUGCGCACCAAGAUCUACUCAGGUGUUAGAACUGGACAGAUACUGCAGGUGCCGUCGCUCUUUGAUCUUUGCACGCGUGUGCUUCAAAAGAACAUUGACGCUUUGGAAUACACAGGCGGUGUGCCCUUCGAUGUGUUGCGGCCAGUUCUGGAACGCGCCACACCACAACAACUGUUGAACGUUGAAGAAUACAAUCCUUAUCUGAUGGAAGACAGCGAUGUCCUAUGGCAGCAGCAUGUGCAGCGGCAUUGUCGUAGCCAGCGCAGGGAGGAAAUGGAAACAUGGCGUGAAAUGUUUUUGCGCUGUGAGGAGGAAAAGGAGCGCAAGCUGAGCACAAUUGCCGAGAGUAUAAAAGCAUCACAGAAAAUCAGUGAGGCGCCGGUGCGCAAGACCCAAUUGGCAUUUGUUGACUCAAUGGUGAAGCCGCCGCGCAAUGUACAGCGCAAGCAGGAACAAUAUGGCACUAAAGGCAAGCUCAUAGCCACCCCAGCGGCUCGUGUGGCCGCUUUGUCCAGUGUCACGCCCAACGCGGCAAAGGUGGGCGAUGCAAGACUUCGUGUGAUUGGCUCAGGGCGUGACGCAGCGCAAGUCUCUGCUCCAGUGCGUAACAAGAAGGCGCCGCUGAUGGCAAAGGCAUUGCAAUUGAUACGCGGACGUCGAGGACGCUAAUGUAAGCCAGCGAACAGCGGAUUCAAGCUAUACUCAUUUGUUAUGAAUAACAUCCAACAUUGAUUAUCGAUUAGAUCACAGUUGGGUCUACUCACAUUAUAUUCCACAAAUUGUAGAGUUAUUGGCCUGUUCUUAGGUUCGACUGUGAGAAAAACUAUGCGCACUACAUGCCAAUUCAUUUACUCAUGUUGUACGCUUUUAUUUAUAUAAAUAUAUAUUCACAUAUAUAUAAAUAGCUUUAGUUUUUAAAGUCGAAUAGUUUAGAGUUUUGUUAUAUUAAUGCAUAUAUAUCAUCCCAAUUACUGCUCAUUC